AUGCCCUCCAGCUCAUCGGCACCCAUAGUCGUGAGCGACGACAGCGACAACGACACUCGGCCCCUUGUCGCGAAGGGCAAGCAGAAGGCAGCGCCCAGCAAAGCGGUGAAGGGAGAGACAAGAGUAGAAUCAUCUGGAACCCUCGAUCUGGAUGCCAGAGAUGCCCUCAAGACAGCGCUUGCUAAACUUGAUUCAGAGAUUGAAGAAGUGGUCGACCAACUCAAACCUCUACAAGCCCUUCACACUUCCUUGACUGCCGAGAGAAAAGCUCUAGAGCAGCAGCUAUCCGGCAGCUCCAAAACCGCCCCCUCUAACACUGUUGUCUCUUCGACUGGUUCGAUAGACUACCAGUCUUCCUCUUUCCCGUUCACCAACGCGAUUCAGCAAACUCUCAAAAACGUUUUCAGCCUAUCUUCCUUUCGGCUGUGUCAACAAGGCGUCAUCAACGCUGCUGUAGAUGACCGAGAUAUCGUCUGUGUCAUGCCGACAGGAGGAGGCAAGAGUCUGACAUAUCAGCUGCCGGCGGUGAUGGGACGCGGAUUGACGGUGGUAGUCAGUCCUCUGCUCGCUCUGAUAUGGGAUCAAGUACGAGGCUUGAAGGAGAUAGGGAUAGAAUGUGCGAUGUUGACUGGUGGCACGAGCACGGAAGAGCAAAAUGACAUCUACGCGAGGAUGAAGGAUGGCCCGCAGAAGGGUGAGAAGGAGAUCAGGGUAAGUCAAGAUCAUCCCGAGAAGAUCGCCAAGUCGAAGCGUUUCGUUGCCAUACUGGAUAAGAUGAACCAAUCUGGUCGAUUAAAGCGGUUCCUGAUAGACGAGGCGCAUUGUUGCAGUCAACUAGGACAUGACUUUCGGCCCGACUAUAAACAGCUUUCCAUGCUGAAAACUCUCUUCCCUCGCGUCCCUAUCCAAGCAGUUACCGCCACUCUUUCCUCCAAAACCCUCCCCGAUCUACUCAAGAUCCUCCAGCUCCCACCUAUCACAGACGGCCGUUCCGCCAAAUCUUCCGGCACCAUCUUCUUCUCCGCUCCCCUCUUCCGGCCAAACCUGCACUAUAAAGUGAUACCCAAACCAAGCAACGCGAAGGGAGGAAUCGCAGCUAUCGGCGCGUGGAUACAAGAGCAUCAUCCAGGGGAGAGUGGGAUUGUGUACUGUUUGAGUAAGAAGGAUGCGGAGAAUGUUAGUGAUGAUUUGAAGCAAUGGUCGAAUGGCGAUAUCAAAACUGGCGUCUAUCACGCAGGCAUUGACGACCACCAAAAAGAACGUAUCCACCUCGACUGGCGGCGUGGAAAAAUCAACUGCAUCUGCGCUACUAUCGCCUUUGGCCUCGGUAUCGACAAGGGCGACGUCCGCUAUGUCAUUCACCACUCACUCUCAAAGUCGCUUGAAGGGUUCUAUCAAGAGACAGGGAGAGCAGGGAGAGAUGGGAAAGAUUCGGAUUGCGCAUUGUUUUAUAGGGGACAGGAUUGGACGAGGUUGGCGGGGAUGGUGGCUAAGGAUGUGGAUGGGUUAUCGAAAUUACACGAGAUGGUCAAAUUCGCUCAGGAUCUCAAGACCUGCCGCAAAAUCGCUUUCGCGAAAUACUUCUCCGCCUCAUCCCAUCUCUCCGUCUCCGCCUGGGACACCGCCGAUACCCUCUCUUCCUCAUCCUCCGGUCCCUCAGGUGGCAACGGUGCCACAACUUCGUGCGGUAUCUGCGACAACUGUCUCCGGCCACCCGACUCUGUCUCUACCAAAGACGUCACAUUAGAAUCAUGGAAGAUUCUCUCGAUCAUGGAUGAAGUCCAGCGCCAACACGGCCGAGUCACACUCCAAAACCUUGGGUCGCUCGCGCGAGGAUUAGGCGGGGGUGCUUUCCCGCUUGUGGCUGGUUCGGAGAGGAGGAGAGGGAGGGGGAAGGAAAAGAAUACGGGAGAGAAGGGGGAGGUGGAUGUGAAGGAUUACGGAGGCAAGGUCGAUUUGAAUGCCGAUGAUAUCGAGAUUCUGUUGACGCAUUUGAUGUUGCUCGGGUGUCUCAAAGAAUCGUUCCAUGCCACUUCCUUCUCCGUCAACGUCUAUGUCAACGCCUCUUCCACCGCCAUCCGCCUUUCCCGCCUAUCCCACGACGCUGUUGAAUCUGGCAACUCGCCCGUCAAAAUCGAAUGUACCUUCCCAACGGCGGCACCGAAGGAGAAGAAGAAGGCCGUCCGGAAGAAGGCUAGCGCGGGGACUGGGAAACGAAAGAAGAAGGGUGAUGGGGCGGACGAUGAAGAAGAGGAUGAAGAUGAAGAUGAAGGAGAAUCGCCGCCGCCAAAGAAGAAAUCCGCCCCUCGUGCGUCAACCUCCAAGACCAAAGCCGCCAAAUCAUCGAAACGCGUGUCCGAGCCCGAGCCCGCGGACGAUGAUGAGGAAGGCGAGGAUCCGGACGAGUAUGAGGCGUACCUUCAAGAUUUGGUGGCGCAGCAGGAAGAUCAAGAUGGUGGAGAAGAUGAUUGGGAUGAGAUGAUGGGAGAGGGGUGGAAAGAUGAUGGAGGAUGGAAGGUCUUAGGGGCUGGUGCUGGGCCUGGGCCUAGGUCUGGGGCAGCGUCAACCAAGAGCAAAGGUGGCGGUAGGAGGGCGGUAGUUAUAUCUGACAGUGAAUAA